GGCUGCGGUGAUCAGACCCGCCUGCGGUCACACACCAGGACCACAUGCGGUCAAACUUCUUCUCAGCCUCAGGUUCGGAGUAAAAGAGAAUUUUGGGUAUUAGUGGAUUUUUUGGCAGUGACUCACUCACACAGUUCACACGGGGAGUGAACGGAUUGGAGAGGUGUUUUUCCCACCCGUGUGCGGCUGGGAAUUUGCACCGGUGGUUUUUGUUUCAGCCAGGGAGGACAACGGGCUUGGAGGCCGAUGUCAAGCUGAUUGAUUGGUCAGAGGGGUCAAGUGACAGCCAGAGGUACACAGCGAUGGGCCGGAAGUUGGAUCUGUCGGGACUGACGGACACUGAGGCGGAGCACGUGCUGCAGGUGGUGCAGAGGGACAUGAAGUUACGUAAGAAGGAGGAGGAGCGUCUCAGUGAACUAAAGCAGGAGCUGGAUGAGGAGGGCAGUCGCAGCCUCCUGCUGUCACGGCAGAGUUGCUUCAACCAGCGCUGCUGCAUCCGCUGCUGCUUGCCCUUCACCUUCCUGCUCAACCCCAAACGGCAGUGCCGAGACUGCCACUACAAUGUCUGCAAGGCCUGUCGUGUCUACAACAAGCGGGACAAAGCCUGGCUCUGCUCCGCCUGCCAGAAGACCAGGUUGCUGAAGACACAGUCACUGGAGUGGUUCUACACUAAUGUGAAGAAACGCUUCAAGAGAUUCGGCAGCGCCAAAGUUCUGAAGACUCUCUACAAGAAGCACUUGGCAGAGCACAGUGCGCUCUCAGAGCUAACUGAAGGCAGCGCCUACGAGGAGAGCGUCUGCAAUGAGGGCAGCAUCUGUGGGAGCGACUCAACCUUCUACAGACAAAGUGAAGAGCACAGCAUGGCUGAGACGCUCACUGUGGCCUUGCGGGUGGCAGAGGAGGCCAUAGACGAGGCAAUUUCCAAGGCUGAGUUCGACGCUUCCAGUCAGGAGAAGCAGAAUGAGGCACACUAUCUGCGGGAGCACAGAGGAGAGCUCAUUGAGGAACUGGCCAAAACUAUUGUGCAAAAAAUCAUUAGCAGGAGGAAGACCUUGGCUGAAAUGAGGGCAGAGUACGACCAGGACUGGCCCCUUGAACAAAACACUGACCCUCUUCAUCAUCAGUCCACCUGUGAUCAAGCCUCCAGCUCCCUCAAAGAACAGCCGGGCCUCUGGAGGUCACACUCUGCCUUUUCACUGCUGAACAGUGACCCUCCAGGUGUGAUACAAGACUCUCUGCAGGCGUUGAAGAAGGAAGGCAGUGGGUCGACUAUUUCUGCUUGGAAGAGUGUGGACAGGCUGGACAACGCAGUGCUGAAGAGCCCAGAUGGGAAUUGGAUUGCCCUGCAGAGUGCCCAGCUGUCUCGUCCCAGCCUGCUGACCAAAAGGAAGAGCCUGGUCUACAGUGCCUUGGAGAGAGAGUCCGGAGUGGUGUCCGCCUACGAGGGCAUGGGCUCUGACAACGAAACCAAGCCUGAGCCCGACAGCUCCUGGGGUGCUGUCCUCCAGGAGAUUCACAGGAAGAUGACAGACUCGAACUUCAACCUGCAGGACACUCAGGACGGGAUCCCGUCACCGCCACUAACGAGCCGCCGAGGCAGCAGAGAUGACGUGUUUUCGGAUUCUGAGGGAAACUGGAAGCCUAACAGACCUCUGCUCGCUCUUUUUAAGAGGAAGGUACCGGCCGAGAUCAGGCGACCUUCAUCAUCUCCAAGGACGAGUAUCAUUGAUGUAAACUUUAAUGUAGAAGGAGCAGGAGAGGAGGACGGGAGCAGAGUGGCGGCUGAGCCGGAGCUGGGAAAAGUCAGGAGAUCACGGAAGAAAAGGAAGAGCAGAAAAGAACAAGCAUCUUCUUUUUCUGUGACGGAUUUAAACAAAAAAGACAACGAAUCCCAACCUACUUCCGAUGCCGUGACGCCUGACACUUUGACCUCUGGAGCCAUGACCCCCGAACCCUUUGACCAGAAGAGUGACAUGACUGGACAUGGAGCCAGUCAGAUGGACGAGGAGCUCGGCUUAAAACUGUUACAGCUAGCAAGCCGAGUUUCCGACUCCUUCACUCGAGAAGAUGAAGACAGAGAUUCUGGUGAUGAUGGACAGAGGGAGGAAAAGAGUCAAGGAAGUGAGGACAGAGAUGAAGAAGAUGAAAGGUCGUGGAAGAUGGAGGUUGACUUGGAUGAAGGAAGAAUGGAGGAUGAGAAAGAGGAGGAAGAGAGAAAUGAUGAAAUAGAUGACGAAGAGAUGAAACACAGAUUAUACAGGCUCGUUGCACAGUCCAGACUCACAUACUUUUCCUCGACUGAUGACGACUUAGACAAAGUUGGCCAGAAUGAAGGAGAAUGGGAUGAAGAUAUGGAGGAAGACAAUAAAGAGCAGGAGGACGAAAAGACAGAAGGACUCACUUAUAAACUCUGUCAACUGGAAAGAGAAGUCAGAGCUACACAGUUCUCAUCCACAGAGGACGAGCUGGACAGAGUUGGCGUCGAAGAGAGGAAGACAGAAGAGGAGGAGGAGGAGCUGGCUGUGAAAGUGUGCAGAUUAGCAAACCAAGUCAACGCCACCCAGUUUUCAUCCACAGAGGAUGAGCUGGACAAAGCAGGCAGAGAAGGGGAGGAAGCGGUAGACGAGGAGACGCUGUGGAAGUUACAGGCAGAAAAAGCGGUUCAGGCUGCUCAGCUGCGCGAUUUGGCCAGUCUAGUCAGCGCCUCUCAGUUUUCCUCCACUGAGGAUGAGCUGGACAGAGUCGGAAAGAGUGGGGGAGAGCAGGAGGUAAAUGAAGGAGGAAUUAAGAGCAGCGUUGAGCUGGAAGAAGUGUGGGAAGGAGCAGUGGAGCGGAGGGAAUCAUUCGGAAAUUUGGAUGUAAAAAUGUUUGAUUUGAGGGAUGAAACUGAGGAAACAAAGACUGAGAGAAGUGAUGAAAAAGCAACAGCUGAGAAUGAUUUGGAUGGUCAGAUUACGAUCGAUGAUGUCCAGCAAGGUGAAACCGAGGUAGAAGAACCUGAAAAGAGAGAUUUUGUGGAAGAGAUUGAGGGUGAAAUAAUGGUAGUAGAGGAGGAUACGUGUAAAGACGAGGCUGAAAAAGCAAAAGAGACAGAGGAAAGACAAGAGAUGAAGCUGAAAUCAGUGGUGGAAGCAGAGAAAACGCAGGAGAUAAUUGACUCAGAUGAGGCAAGCGUGGAACAAGAGAAUCAGCCAGAGGCAAAGUGGCCAGACAAAAAUGAAGAAGACGGACAAAGAGAAGAAAAGUUUAAAGAAAGCAAAGAGGAUCAGGGGAAGUGGGAGGGAACAUCAGCAGACAGCGAAGAGGAAGAUGAAGAAUUUGACCAAAUAAUCAACAGCAUGUUGAUGAUGACUUUAGAGGACAUGCAGGUAGAAACAUUAAAGGAUCAAGCUGCUGAAAAUGGGGGAAUAAAUAGAGAGAUAGAAGACACAGAGACAGAUGAGUGUUUUAAAAUAGGAGGACAAAAUGGUUCCAAUGAAAGGACUGUUGAUGCAGAAAGUACAUGUACAUCAGAGGAGACAGGAAGCGCGAAAGAGCUGCAAAGUCGAGGCGACAACGUGAGGUCAGAGUCAGCUGUGAGAGAAAGAGCAGGAGAAAAUGUAACUGAACAAAUUGGAGGAGAUGCUGCCAGAAAACAGGAGAGUGGAGAGCUGACAAGCAGAAACGAAAAUGAGAAGGAAGAAAGAGACAUAGAUCCACAAGAAAGAAGAAAUUUAGCCCUCGAGACAGAUGAGGCCCAGCAGACAUGUAAAAGAGAAGAGGUGGAAGAUGGAGGAGGAAAAGCGGAGAGGGAGUGGCAAACGAUGGAAACGCAGGAAGUCGCCGCAGAGGGGGAGUGUGAAGGUAAAGAAACGCAUGAAAAACCUGUGGAAACCAAAGAAAAAAGGGCAGACGACGAGGAGCAGAGCAGCACAUCUUCUCCUCAGGAGGGUUUACUGUCACCAGAGGAGAUUCAAAAUAGGUAUUCAGCAGUGUCCCUGCGCAGCAUCACCACUGAGGUGCUGAAGGUGCUGAACGCCACUGAGGAGCUGCUGGUGGGAGUGGAGGGAGGAGACAACACCCGACUCUCCUCCACCUCCCUGCCCCCCAACGCCGACCCCAAGAAGCUGGAUCAGCAGUUCUCCAGACUGGAGGAGAACGUGUACGUGGCGGCUGGUUCGGUGUACAGUCUGGAGGCGGAGCUGAGUGACCUCGAGGAGUGUGCCAGGGGAAUCUGCAGCUCCACGUCCGAUAUGGAGCUGUCCUUCCUGGAGGAGCAGGUGGCAUCAGCAGCUGCCAAGGUCCAACAGUCUGAACUACAGAUUUGUGACAUCUCUGCCAGAAUUGCUGCGUUGAAGAGCGCAGGCCUCAAUGUGGACACACAGUCACGCUUCACUAAGACCAGGACCAUUCCGGUUAUGCCUAUCACCCUGGACUCAUCAAGACAGCUGAGGAGGCGAUUACCUGCACCACCACUGAAAGAAGACAAAGAAACCUAAAUCAGGACCAGAGCCAGGACAGUUGCAGUACCUCCAACACAGCAGUGCCUUGACUCUGUGACUCCGCAGCCUACAGGCCAGUCUUAAAUGAUCCAUUCAGAUACCCUUUUGCCUUAAUUUCAUCCUACACUAAACAUGCCUCAGAUAAUACGGGACACUACUACUGUAUGUAGAUUUUGUGUAGAUAUGCUCUAUGUCACCGAUCUUGUCAGAAAUGUACAGUAGAUGAAACGACUUUAUUUUGAGAUUGGAGACCAAACAGUUUUGAAAUUUCAUCAGCACUGAUCAAGCUUAUAAAGAGAAAGAGUAGGUGAACCCUCAGCUCACUAUAUGGCAGAACAAGAAAAUCAUUAACACUUGAGUUUUAAGACUUAUAUUUAUAAAACAAGUAGAUAACUCUGAAAUUAAUAUAUUACACAGUUUGUGUAAAAAUAAUUAAUACUUUUUAUAGACUUAAUUUUAACAGCAUUAGUUGUACAUUUAACUUACGGAUGAAUAGCACUAUACAAAUAGUGUGCAGUGACUGAAGACAGUAUCAGCAGUAGAGCUACUGGAUAAAACCUUCAUUUUACACUGCUUUUACUGUGUAUAAUAAAUAUACAGAUCACACACACGGGAACAAUUAUAGUAUGUUAGAAAAAUGCUGCAAGACUGUAUCUUGUCUAAAAUUAAUGCUAUGGAUAAACCUGUUUUCCAUGGUUGUGGAUGUUGUAGUGUACAUAUUUGUACAGCAAUCAGUAAAUGUUGUUUCCUGCCUUUAUUUUUAAGUACAGAAAAUAAAAGAAUUUAAAAGCUGCGAACAGAUGUUAUGCUCUCAGACAAACCAGCAGUGGAAACGCUCUGCACCCUGUCUGACCCUCAGAUGAAGGUGGGUGCAAUGCUGAGGAAUUUAUACUG